UAAUUCUUUAUUGAACAACCUGAUGAUGGAAAAUUCAGGAAAGUUUGAAAACUUUUGCCGAAUGUCUCCCUCAGAUUUUGAGUAUUUGUUUAAUUUGAUUGGCCCAAACAUAAUAAAACAAGAUACUCACCUGAGAAAAUGUGUUUCUGCUAAGGAUAGAUUUGCUGUAACACUAAGGUUUUUUGCUAAUGGUGAUAGCUAUCUAUUUAAGAUUUCACCACAACUGAUAUCAAUAAUUGUGGUCGAUGUAUGCAACGCUUUGAAAAAUGGACUUUCGGAUCAAGUAAAGAUACAAUGUCUCUCUGUUUUAUUUGCGAUGAAACAUUGCAGAAUGAACGUACAAGGGUUUGUUCAAGCAUUACGCCACAUACUAAUACACCGUAUCCAGAAAAAAUUGCUGGGAUUUUAGGGGAAGAAUUCGUGGUUAUUGUAACCUACAAAGAUCAGAUGUGCAUGAAAUGUAGCUCGCUUUUGAAACAUUUGGACAAGUGUGAUAAUGAAGCAAAACUUAUCAAAAAUGCGAUGUCGUCAUUUAUACAAAAGCAAUAUGGAAUGCUGCCUCUUGAUCAGGAUGUUAAAGGUGUCGAGAUUGUCAAUGGAAAAUUAGUGACAGAGGAACAACUAGAACAAGGUCAGCAUAAAGUACCUAAUGGUCUGAUAGAAGGAGUUGCGUCUACUGUAACUACUGUUAAUACAUUAACUCCAAUUGUCAAAGGACACUUAGUGACGGGGAAACAACUAGAACAAGGUCAGCAUAAAGUACCUAAUGGUCUGACAGAAGGAGUUGCUUCUACUGUAACUACUGCUAAUACAUUAACUCCGAUUGUCAAUGGACACUUAGUGACAGAGGAACAACUAGAACAAGGUCAGAAUAAAGAACCUAAUGGUCUGACAGAAGAAGUUGCUUCUACUGUUACUACUGAUGCCGUUGUCACUCCGAUAACAUCUCCAUUAGUAUUGUUAAAAACUCAGCAACAGCAGCAGCAGCAACAACAACCACAACAACAACAGAAAAGCAGUAACAAAAUUACAUCAUACAAGUGCGCCUUUUGUGCAUUCCAAUCGAAAGUUAUUGGACAUGUUCGAUUCCAUUUGCGCACUCAUAAGAUCAAAAAAAACCCCGAAAAACCUAUUCUUCAUCAACCAGCUGCUAAUACAUUAACUCCAAUUGUCAAAGGACACUUAGUGACAGGGAAACAACUAGAACAAGGUCAUCAUAAAGUACCUAAUAGUCUGACAAUAGGAGAUGCUUCUACUGUAACUACUGCUAUAAUAUUAACUCCGAUUGUAAAAGGACACUUAGUGACGGGGAAACAACUAGAACAAGGUCAGCAUAAAGUACCUAAUGGUCUGACAGAAAGAGUUGCUUCUACUGUAACUACUGCUACAACAUUAACUCCGAUACUGCCAAAGAAGAAACUAUUUUAUAAAUGUCAAUUGUGUGCAGAAACAUUUGAUAUUCGAGCUAAUUGUAUUGAUCACAUUAUGAAAGAACAUAAACAUAAACAUGUAACUACAUCAACCUCAAAUGGAGCAAGAGAUACUGAAAGAUAUGGAGAUGAGAAAGAAAAAAGAAAAACUGAAAAUGCAGGAGAUGGAGAAGAAACUGAAAACACUCAGGAAGAUACAACUGCAAAAGAAGCCAAAUUUGUAAAAAAAACCUGAACCUGCACGAGAAGAUAAAGAAGAUACAGCUACUUCCUAUAGUGUUAAUAAAGAAGUUAUUGAAGACAAUGUUAACUUUGAAAACUAAACGGAUGUCUUAGACGUUGAAUCAUAACGCUAAUCCUUCAACUAACAGUGGAGAUACAGAACGCAAUGCUUAAAUGUGUACAACUUAUUUAUAAUCAAUUUUUUAUCAUAAGCUCCAGUUUCACAAUUCAAAAUGUACUCUUCUCUUCUGGUUUUUUUUUAUUAACAUAAAUUAAUAACUUUUAAGUGGUAUAAAUUGAGAGACAGUAUUAUUUAUCAUAAUAUUAGAAAUCAAAUCACUAUUUUUUUUUGUAUAUAAAUUAUUAACCUAACCUUGACUGCCAUGCGGCCGCCGGCGUCCGUAUAAAAACAAUUAAGUAUUGAUAAUUUUUAGACCGCCGGCUACCGUAAAUUAAUUUGGAUUUAUAUUAUUGACUUUUCCGUGGCGCUACACUAGUGAUCUAGAAAAUGCGCUGUGGCGUAGCGGAAAUAAUUGCAAUUUAUUUAUGUAUAAAACAUAAUUUUAACAUUUUUUUUUGUAUUUUUAAUCUUUUUUUCAAAUUCAAUAGUAUAGAUACAAAUUUAUAAUAACACUGUAAAAUGAACUUGGCGUACAAAUAAUAAAUAUUCUUGCGGCCGCAUGGCAGUCAACGACCAACGUGUUAAGAAGAUUAAGAUAUAGAGUAUGACUAUAAUGUGAAUAAAAAUGUUUGAUCCAUUUUUCUUAAUAAUAUACAAUUUUUAUUUUAUGAGCUUAAACUAUACUGUAACUAAUGCUUAAAAUCAAAUUAAAAUAGUACAAUAAUGUUGAAAAAAAUUCCCUAACAAGUUAGUUCCUACUUACACAAAAGUAAUUUAUUGUAUGAUAUUUGUGAUCUUAAAAAUGUAUUUUAGC